AUGUCAUCCCACUCCCACCCAAGCACACCACAUCGUCCACACCCACCUCCAACGCCCACCUCAAUCCCUGUCAUUCCCAACACGGUCAAACCACCCGACACUUCCGCAGACCUUGACGCUCUCGCGCCUUCUGUGUACAGAACAAGGAGGCCGCUGCAGGUCAGGCCUCGGACUACGAUCUUACGUGUCCCUUGGGCAGGGGGGAGAGAGGGACUGCCGGGUGCAACUUCAGGCUUGAAUCAGGAGCACCCGGCGCCUGUACAGGGACUCUCUCCCCCGGGGCAGGGAAGAGCGCGCUCGGGGGGCAGCGCAGCUGGCUCCAGUAUCGGCAGGAGGAGCACCGACGUGCGGUCUGCUUUUCCCCUCGGACACGAGAGCGAGGACAGUGAUGUCGACAGUGCUUGGGGAGGGGAGAGGGAGAGAGAGGACCGGCGCUGGUUGGAUCCCAGGUUUGGGUGGAAAGGUCGUGAGAGACAUGCAUUGGGGGCUAUCCCUUAUCCUGUCUCUUUCUCUGACGAAAUGAUGGACCACCAGAUACUGACGACGGACGUGAUCCGCCGCGUAAAGGGCAGCGUGUCAUCCCACGUCUUCCCUCCCUCUCCCUCCCAGCAGCCCCAGUCUUGCCUCGACAUCGGGUGCGGCAGCGGUUCCUGGAUCCUGGCCGCAGCGCGCGAAUGGCCCCAGUGCAAGUUCGUUGGCUUGGACGCGGUGCCCGUGCAUCCUCGGCUUGGGAAGCAGCUGGCAGAGCUCGAGGGGAGGAUUAGCUGGGUCACCUCGGAUUUCUUGGAGAAGGAACUCCCCUUUGGGGAAGAACAGUUCGAUCAUGUACAUUGUUGGUUCGUUAGUGCCGGUGUGCCGGAGACGAAGUGGUUUGACUUUUUCGAGAACGUCACUCGCGUCCUCAAGCCAGGAGGAACGUUCGAGUUCGUAGACGAAGACAUCGUCUUCCCAACGCUGACCAAGCCCGGCUCACCACACGACUCACUCAGCGCCGCCGGCUCGCCGUCUAAUGGGAAGGGGCAGGCCAGCGCCGCCGCCGGUGGUGCAGCUACGCUCCCUGGGGCUGUGGACGCGCUCGGGGAACGGCGCCCCAGCACCAACACCCAUAUCCAUAACAAUACGCCGCCGUCGACGUUCUCCUCCCUCGCUUCCCUCGCAAAUUUGAGCCAGGACAUCCCUCGUCCUGCCUCUGUGAGCAGCGGCAGCUUGAGCUUGAAGCAGGUCGCGAGUAACGGCACGGGCACGGGCACUGGCACUGGGCAAGGGCUGGUUGCAGCGACUGGAGCGUACACGCUCACUAGGGAACAGCUACUUGGCUUACCUGAGGAGCAUGACCAUUCCUUGCUUGAGAAACUUUACAACUCUGUAUGGCAGAGUCGGGGGAUUAACCAGGAGCCUACUGGGGGGAUCCAGCUGUUUAUAAAUACCUAUCUUGUUGAUGUACAGGUGACCCCGCCGCUGGUGUUCCCUGCCCAGCCUUGGGGUGUUAAGACCGCUAAGAUGCCGUUCUACGAUACGGAGGGCCUCUCCACCCUACCCAACAACGCCCUCCACUUCGUAUCCAACGAGACCUUCCUCCCAAACACCACCCUCAACUCCCAGCACAUAAUCAACAUCCAGCACACGAACGGGCCCCGGCAGCUAGCCGCCGUCCUCUCGGUCAAGGAGGCGAUGUGGGAAGAGUACCGCCGUCUGAGGGCGAACGAGCACGCUUUGGCUGAACAGCGCGCGCUUGAGAGGCAGGAAAUCAGCAGUCGGCAAGCGGAGCGAGAGGCCGAGGCUCGCGAGGGCCGGUUACCCCCAAGUAUCGACCUGAUGGUCCAAGGGGGAGGGGCUAGCACGGCCGAGACCCGAGAGCUGAUCGAGCAUCAUCAGAAGGUCGUUAGCCAAGAACGGGAGAGAGAUGCUGCCAGGCUUGCGGAGCUCGACAGGGCAGACAAGGUGACGCUUGAGGAGAAGCUGAAGAUUCGCAGUCGGUUGAGAGGCGUUUUGCCUGAUGAGAUCGUUGUGGAUCGUGUGCAGCUCUUGGGCCCUGGAAUGGGAGAAUGGACGGAUGUGACUGUCCUCCUGGGACGGGAGGAUACGGCUAGGGAUAGGGAGGUGUUCGAUAUCCUCAUGGAUCGAUAUGAACGGGACAUGCGAUACCGCACACAGCAUACCGAGGUGAUGGCGCGAUAUCUGCACCGAGUUGAGCCCCCGCACACCCAUCUGACAGGUGACGAGCUCACGCGAGAAGAAACGUGGCGCAAGGGGUUGGAGGAGUAUAUGGAUGAGGGCAACGAUAGCGAGGUGGUGUGGAGGAGGAUGAGGACGUAUACGGCGAGGAAGAGCCAGAGGAGGUUGGGGACGGAGAGAGCUGGGAGGGUGUUAUGA